CCCCCUAUACAAGGAGCGCGAGGGGCGUGGCCACAACUUUUAAGUGGGAAUUCUCAGUUCAAAAAGCCGAAAACGUCUCACAGCGUGAGAGUGGAGCGCUCCUACUGCGGGUAUUCCUUCAAAACAUGCGCUUUGUGCGCAAAAUAACUCAUCAUUUCUGAUCAUUUUGAAAGAAAACAAGUAAGUUUUGCGACAGACUCGAGGGAGUCCCGGGAAGACGAGAAGGACCAUCGGUUACUCGUUGCUGAGCGGCGGACACCUUCACAGCCUCCGUAACCGUCUCACCUGAGGCUGACAGCACCGCUCAGGAUGUCCGUGGAGAGUUACUCAGCGCUGGACGAGACCUCCCUGCGAGCCUUGCUGGAUGGAACGGUGGAUCUGGACGAGAGGCACCUCAUCCGUUCAGCCAUCAGGGAGCUGAGGAGGAGGGAGAUCGAGGACCUGGAGGCGGCCCUGGCCAGCAAGAGAUUUCGACCCACGCGCCUCAAUCAACAGGAAGACAAAGAGAACCUGCACAGCUCAGAAUCCAGCGACAACUUGGACACCCUGUCGCAACAACUGCAGUCGAUCCAGGACAUAGAUGAACUCACAAAAAUGCUCCGCUCUUCCAGCAAGUAUGAGGAACGGAAGAUGAUUCGAGCGUCCAUCAGACGGAUCCGGGACCAGCAGCUUCAAGGACCAAUAGAACAGGAUAUAACCUCUGGUGGACGCCGCUUGGAGCCUGAGAGUGUGGAGACCCAGAACAGCAAAGGGACCAGGGAGGCAGGUCGUGAGAAACAAGGAGAGCUGGAGUGCCUCAGGUCUCAGAUCCAGGAGCUGAAAAGCCAGCAGACACAACACAGCAGAGAUCUGCAGAGUCGAGGCUCCAAAUCAAGCAUGGUGCUGGUCGUCGAUCACCCAGCAAACAACAGUGACUCUGAGUCUCUGUUGAUCCGGCCUCAACCAGAAACUUUGACUUCAGAGAGCAAUUUGGUUCUCUCUCAUCGGCAGAGAUCAGACUCCUCAGCUUCAGAAAACAGCGUCAGCUCUGCUGUCUCCAGAUCCCGCCUGGAUUCUGUGGCCUCCGAGAGGAGUCAGGGCUCAGGCGUACAUUCUCGGCGGGGCUCUGGAGCUUCAGACAAAAGCAAAAGUUCAGCCCAGUACGAACACAUUGACUCUAGCGCGUCUGAAAAAAACAUCAUCCACUCCAGACAGAGACUUGGAUCAGAUGUCUCCGAUUCAUGUGUCAGGCCACGACUGGGAUCGGGAUCUUCAGAUAUCUUGAGUCUGCUGUCAAGGAAACGGGCUGACUCCAGCAUGAGCGUGUCUUCUGAGGAGAGGGGACCAGCUGAGGAGGUGACCUCCAGUUCAACUUACAGCACCGAUUCAGAAACGGAGAAAAGACCAAGUCCCGCCGGCAUCCAGACUCAGUCCAACCAUGAUCCUGUUGGUGAUGACGAGCAGCCUGAUGGUGCCGUUUUAUCUCGCAAAGGUGCUGUAAAUGGCUUUCCCAGCAGCACCAAGGAAACAUCAGACUCCCAGAAGCCAAAGAAAGCGCUGAACAACAGUCUGUCAUUCAGCCACGCCAAUGAGAGACAAUGUGCACCUGAGAAGAAAGAUGGUGUUCUGGAACAAUUCCACCGCACUAACUCUGUCCGGGAUCGAAUGCGCAAGUUCACAGAAGCCAGCCAAAGCCCAAAUAUCCCAGCUUUGAAGAAAACCCCCCUGAGGAAUGGGAUCACCCCCGGCAGCAGCAGCCAGCAUGUUUCUAGAGCCGCAGCGCUGUUUACACACACGGCAGCAUCCCUCAGCACAUCUGGAGACACGCCAGCGAGGCCACGUGCUGACUCAGCAUCUCACACCAUCACGGCAUCGCACAGUCAAACUGCCCUUCAUUCAGGAGGUGUGGCCAACAGACCUCUGUCUUCAGUCAGCCAGUCACGGGACGUCCCGGGAGGGACGAGGUUUCCAGCUGAAAAAGAUGUGCACGCCUCUGUGGAGUCAAAGGAAGACAGGACCCCAGGGAGAGCAGCCGGAGAGAAGGACGCAGAGAUGAAGACCUUUCUCACCAUCGAGAUCAAGGAUGGACGCGCCACAUCCACCUCCAACAUGCCGACUCCAAGAGGCAAUGCUGUGCCCAUCACCAGCGUGACCCCCCGCAUCACCGCUCUGGGGCAAAAACAAGAGUUGACCCUCGGCCUUCGACCAACUCCAUUCAAGCUCUCCUCAUCUACUUUCUCGUCUGGAUCCUCCAUUAAGAUGGAAACGGAGCCCGUUGUUGCCUCAGAGCCGGUGUUUUCAGCCAAACCCACACUCCAGGUGACCCGUCACAUCCCACCCACGCCCAGUGAUCCCGGCUCCCAGGCCAAACCUGCGGAGUCCUCCGGAAAACUGACUGCAGAACAGCUUGCUGCAAUCGAGGAUGAAGAGGUUCUUGACAAAAUGCUUGACGAGUCCAAAGACUUUGAGGAAAGGAAAAUGAUCCGUGCAGCAAUGAGAGACCUUCGCAAAAAAAAGAGAGAGGCCAUGCUGGGCUGUACGCAGGAGGAAAUGGACCAAAGAGAGAAGGAGCGUGAGACUCGCCUGCAGGAGCUGCGGCAGCAGAGAGGAGGUCAGAGAGGUCAGGCUGGGCCUGGAUCCGGAGAGGUGGUGGUGAAGAAGGUGGAGAAGUCUGCCGACGGAUCAACCAUCAGCCAAGUGACUAAGACAAAUCGAUUCACACAGUCUGAUGAUGGGAGCAAGUCAAGUACACUUGUAGAAACUAGUUAUGUACAGAAAAUAGACAGAGGAACCCUCCACUCCAAAUCUUUCAGCUACACCUCUUCCUCAUCCUCUAACACCAGCAGAAAAGUGGGCAGUGUGUUUGACCGCGAGGACGACUCGUCCUCCCGUGCUUUGGAGCGGCGGCAGGCAGAGAGGCGCAAGGAGGUGAUGAGGGCUCAAACCAUGCCGAAGUCGUCCGCCAUGCAGGCGCGUAGAGCCGUGAUGGAGAAGCUGGAGAAGGAGGGAAACGGAUCUUUCAAUCAGGCUGUUGCUAAGGUAAACAGGGUGCAGCGCUCCACCAGCUUUGGUGUACCCAACGCUAACUCCAUCAAGCAGAUGUUGCUGGACUGGUGUCGUGCCAAGACUCGCUCGUAUGAGCAUGUGGACAUCCAGAAUUUUUCCUCCAGCUGGAGCAAUGGCAUGGCGUUUUGUGCUUUGGUGCACAGUUUCUUUCCUGAUGCCUUUGACUACAGCUCUCUGAGUCCCAGCAACCGCAGGCAUAACUUUGAAGUGGCCUUCAGCGCCGCAGAGAAACUAGUGGACUGCCCCCAGCUGUUGGAUGUGGAAGACAUGGUGAAGAUGCGUGAACCAGACUGGAAGUGUGUGUACACAUACCUGCAGGAGUUCUACAGGGGUCUGGUGACAAAGGGCCUGGUUAAAACCAAAAAUUCCUCCUAGAACUCCACCCUUCCUAACAGUGAACCAAUGGGCCUGUGUGAACUGCAUGCCUUUGUUGGAGGUGGAAGACAUGAUGAUCAUGGGAAAUAAACCAGACUCCAAAUGUGUCUUCACCUACGUACAGUCGCUGGUCAAUCACCUGCGCCGAUAUGAGAUGUCCAUGGGCCGCCCCUGUGACCUCUGACCUGGGGUCAUCUGUACGGCCCCAUCCAUCUUCUAACCCCUCAAUUGCCUCCGUACCAUCAGAUGGAGAUAUUCGGUCUAACAGACAGGGUCAUAUUCCUUGCACAUCUCUGAUGGACACGUGCAAAAACAUGCACAUAUUUUUAUAUUUUUUUGCUUAGCAUGCUGUAUGUUUGGGCAGUGGUGACAUUUUCAUUAUUUUUGUUCCCUUUAGGACACAGUUUGUUGAAGAAGAAAUAGCAGAACUUUUUCUUUUUUUUAAUUAAUGUUAUUAUAGUUGUUCACAUUUUCUUUUAUACAAGCUUUAAUAUUCUGCAGCUCUUUUAGUUUGUUUGCAUAUUUUAAAAAAAUCCCAAGGAAAAUAAUUUUUAUUUAAAAAAAAAAACAUUUUCCUGUUGAAAGUGUUCAUAUUUCCCAUUUUUUCUGUUCUUUAACCGUCAUUUUACUGUUUUUAGCACUUCUGCUAAUAGAUAUUAUUAACUAUAAGUUGUUUUCUAGUACAUUUUGAGUUACUUUGAAUUAAUGUUGACACAUUUAAUGAAUUUGUUCAUUUUUAUGACCACAGGAUCUUUUUAUUCAAAUAGAUUUGGAUUGUCAGUUACUAUAUUAAUACCCAAAAUAUAUAUAUAUAGUUAUAUAAUGCUGAUUAACUGACAGCAAAUGAAAGAAGGACCUCUAAAUCAUCAAAGACCUCAUGAACUCCAACAACUACUCAAGUCUUUUUUUUUACUUUUAUGUUUUGAGUGUGUAUAUUAUUCUUUCAAAUCUUUAGAUUUUAAAUUUGACUUAGAUGAAACUACUUUGUAAAACACAUUUGACUACCUUUCUGUAGUAUAAGUGAGGCUAUUAAGAACUGAUACAGAAAAAAACGUGUAUAUUUAACAACAUGAAGCUAAGCAAAGAUUUUAAAUUAAGUUUAUUAUUUCACUUGUGAAUUCAGGUUUCUCUGAGAGGAUGUGUAAUUUGAGUUCAGUGUUAUGACACGGAUUUCUACAAGCUUUGUUUUGGUAAAUGAUAUUUUAAAUCGACUUCACUGCUGGCACCUGUUUGUUGGGUAACAAAACCUCCACAAAGCAGUGAGUUUAGUGUGACUGUGUGCGUGUGUAUAUAAGAGCUUUAACACAGUAGAAGUUCAUGUUUCUGUGCACCACAGUUAAAUGUGAAUUCACAAUUAAAUCAGUUUGAAAAAUGA